GGAGAGGAGGACGCUUCUGUCUCCGAGCCUGACAGAUCAGUGUCCUCAGUCCCUGAGCUGAAGAGAUCUACUGGACUCAGAUCAGAGUUGUCUGUCCCUUAGAUGGAGGGAUCAGCUGACCCCAGAUCGGUGUCCUCUGUCACAGAGAUGAAGAGGGCUGCUGGACUGAGAUCAGUGUCCUCUCUCAAUGACAUGGACAGAUCAACUGGACUCAGAUCAGGGUCCUCUCUUCCUGAAAUCAAGAGAUUGACGGGCCCCGGAUCAGUGUCUUCUGUCACUGACAUGAGACGGGCUGCUGGGCUCAGAUCAGUGUCAUCUCUUCCUGAAAUGAAAAGACCGACUGGUCCCAGGUCAGUGUCCUCUCUCACUGAGAGGAAGGGAUCCAAUGGCGUCAGAUCAGAUGGACUCAGAUCAGUGUCACCAGAACUAUCAGGCAGCUCCACAGAGGAAGAAGACAGCAGUGAGCCAGAUGAUUCCUCCUCUGUCAAGUCCUCCUGGAGUCUGGUGGACACCAUGAGCUACGUGGGCCAGCUGGCGGGGCAGGUGCUGGGGACGGUGAAGGAGCUGUACCGGGGCAUCAACCAGGCCCUGCUGUCGGGCUGCAUCGACGUAGUGGUGGUGCGGCGGCCCGACGGCACCUUCCACUGCUCCCCCUUCCACGUACGCUUCGGCAAGCUGGGCGUGCUGCGCUCCAGGGAGAAAGUGAUCGACAUCGAGGUGAACGGGGUGCCGGUGGAGCUGCACAUGAAGCUGGGGGACAGCGGAGAGGCGUUCUUCGUCCAGGAGACGCUGCAGGAGAAUGAGAUUGUCCCCGCCCACCUGUCCACCUCACCGAUUCCGCCAGAGGAUGAGCUGUCGUUGAUUCGGAACUGGCAGCAUGAGGGGUCUGGGUCAGACGUCCCACAGCCCCAGGCCUGUGAUGACACGAUCGACUGCCCCAUGAGUGCCUCACCUGGGAAGAAGAGGAAGUGGUGGAGGAGUAAGUCGAGAGAAGACCCCUGGCCAGAGGACAUGACGCCCCCUACUGGCGGAGACCGGGAGGAGACGCCUUCCAUGGGUGAAGGGGAGGAAGAUGCCCCACCCUCUGAUGGAGAGAUGUUUGAAAUGGAUCUGAGCUCAGAUGAGGAGUGUGCUGGACAUAGCGGCAGGCCAUCCUCCCUUCCUGCAGUGCUGGAUUCUGAUUGGUCCUCCUCUGAGAGCCCUGCCCUGUCUCAGGCCUUUUCUCUGAGGAGGAGUGACUCUGCUCUCGUGCUGAGGCCCACAGGGUGUGAACUGAGGCCGGAAUCUCACAUGCACUGGACUUGGGGUGAACUCCCAGAAUGCACUACAGUUGUAAAUGAUGAGGAGGCUGAGCUGACCAUCAUGCCCUCAGAAGGCACGCAUUUCCGGGUCAUCCAUGGCUCAGAUGCCAUGGAGAUGAGGUUGGGGGGGUCAGUGGAGGAGCAGGGCAGGAUGGACCCCCCAUGUGCCAUUGUGAAGCCUGAGCCUCACAUCCCUGUCUCUCCCCGGGCCCCUGUGGCCCCCAGCUCGGUUCCCUUCACCCCCCCUGACCCGGACAGCACCCCUGCGAUGGAUAAGACAGGUGUCCCUAGUGGGAAUCAGAGUAAGGGUCCAGGGGACACCUACCUGAAUGCACUGAACAGACCUGACAUCACUGCAAGCCACCUAUCUGACAGCGGCUCGGACCCGGGUUCGCAGCCCUGGGAGGAGGCGGGGGUGUGGAGCUACUCCCCGCAGUCUGUGGGCAGCGCUGACAGCGGGGCGGAGUGUGACCUGCCCGACGUCGCCCUGUCUCUGUGUGGAGGCCUCGGGGACAGCACGAGCAUCUCUAAAGAAAAAUUUAUGGAACAUAUCGUCACGUAUCAGGAAUUUGCAGACAACCCAGUCAUUAUUGACAAUCCCAAUUUAGUUGUGAGAAUUGCGAACAGGUAUUAUAGCUGGGCCUUAGCUGCACCACUAAUACUUAGUUUGGGAGCUUUUCAGAAGGCCUUACCUGAGAAAACAGAGGAGGCCUGGGCCCAGGAGCAGAUGUCCAAAAAGUCCGGCCGUUGGUGGUUCUGGCGCAAGAGGGCGGACAGCACAGUAAAACUGCCAGAGGCCAAACCAGAGACGUGGGAGUCACAGAAUGGGGAAGGCCCGACCCUCUCUGAGCCGAGCCCCGCCCUGCAGGUGAAGAUUGGGGAUUCAUCCAGUGAUGAGGACUCUGCAGAGGUCAGCGAAGCCAUCGCAUCUGAGCAUGUGCAGACAGAGGUCCAUGGCCACACCCACUCAUACAGGAAGUCACUGCGCCUCUCCUCAGACCAGAUUGCCAAGCUUAACCUGAAGGAGGGGCCUAAUACUGUUACUUUCAGCAUCACCACCCAGUACCAGGGCACGUGUCGCUGUGAGGGCACCAUCUACCUGUGGAACUGGGACGACAAGGUCAUCAUCUCCGACAUCGACGGGACUAUCACCAGGUCAGAUGUCUUUGGGCACAUCCUUCCCCAGCUUGGCAAAGACUGGACCCACAAGGGCAUUGCCCAGCUCUACCACUCUAUACACCAGAAUGGGUAUAAGUUCCUGUACUGCUCGGCUCGUGCUAUUGGCAUGGCGGGGAUGACCAGGGGGUACCUGCACUGGGUGAAGGAUGGGGAGGCCAUCCUGCCACGCGGGCCCCUAAUGCUGUCUCCCAGCAGCCUCUUCUCCGCCCUCCACAGGGAGGUUAUCGAGAAGAAGCCAGAGGUAUUUAAGAUCGAGUGUCUGACUGACAUCAAGAAUCUGUUCCACCCAAACGCGCAACCUUUCUACGCUGCCUUUGGAAACAGAACCAAUGACGUUUACGCCUACAGGCAAGUGGGAGUUCCAGCCUGCAGGAUAUUCACCGUCAACCCGAAGGGCGAGCUCAUACAGGAGCUGAGCAGAGGCACCAAGUCCUCGUACAGCAGGCUGGGUGAAUCAGUGGAGCAUGUAUUCCCCCUCCUGAAAAAGGAGCAGUCCUCGGCCUUCGACCUCCCAGAGUUCAGCGCCUUCUCCUUCUGGAGACAGCCCAUCCCUCAGCUCAGCCCCGAGGAUCUGCUGUGAGCCGCCAUACCCCGACAGUCAAUCACCCGGCUCACUGAAGCUCCAGGGCCACACCCCAUUUCUGGAAACGGCCAAUCCGUGCGCAUUGUGAGACAGCAGCGCCACACCCCUGCUCUGCUUUGUAAAACUCCAUUUUGAGAGUAAAACUGGACCCUGUAACUCCCUUAUGGGUAGCUGAUAAUGAACAUCACCACUUCCUCGCUAUGUUUCUCUGAUUAGAGAGAAAACAGCAGGGAUGUCUUCCAAAGCAAUGCAAGCGUAUGAUUUUGUACUCGCUGGGAGAAAAGGAAAAUUGCUGACAUAUGGUAUGCUAGUGUGCAGUAUAUUAUUUGUACUUUGAGUGCAAGCUCUUACAUCAUGAUAAUUAAUGUUCUAAUUUUCUACUUUUAGUGACAAGAUGUUUUAUUAUAUCUGGAAGUGAUGUAAGUUUAUUGGCACUUAUCAAGGUGGGAUUCCAGUCUUUCUGUGAAAAGAAAUAAAUGUUUACAAAUGAGACUGAUUUUAUAUAUGGUUCCAGAUUUAUAUAAGGCAUUCUCCAAUAAAAAGUCAAGAUGA